GCCGCUCGCCUCCUCCACACCAGUCCUCCUCCCUCCGGUACUCCUGCUCCAGGCUCUCCAGGACGCCACACACCUACCGGGGACAGACAGGUCAGGAGACAGAGAGACAGGUCAGGAGACAGGUCAGGAGACAGACAGACAGGUCAGGAGACAGACAGACAGGUCAGGAGACAGGUCAGGAGACAGGUCAGGAGACAGACAGACAGGUCAGGAGACAGACAGACAGGUCAGGAGACAGAGAGACAGGUCAGGAGACAGGUCAGGAGACAGACAGACAGGUCAGGAGACAGACAGACAGGUCAGGAGACAGAGAGACAGGUCAGGAGACAGGUCAGGAGACAGACAGACAGGUCAGGAGACAGACAGACAGGUCAGGAGACAGGUCAGGAGACAGGUCAGGAGACAGACAGACAGGUCAGGAGACAGACAGACAGGUCAGGAGACAGGUCAGGAGACAGAGAGACAGGUCAGGAGACAGGUCAGGAGACAGGUCAGGAGACAGGUCAGGAGACAGACAGACAGGUCAGGAGACAGAGAGACAGAUAUUCAGAGACACAGCGCCACCUGCUGGGACGUCCUGUAGAAAGCAGCCGAGGCGUUGACCAGUUUGAGUCGAUCCUCGAUCCUCAGCAUCAGCGUCUGCCAGUGCAGCGCCACCGUCUGGGCACAAGACCUCACUGCGUCCGGAUCGUAGUGACCUGACCUGAAGGUGAGAGGUCAGAGGUCACGUGGUUAGUACAGUUAUAAAAUUUCUCUCAAACUCAAAGUGCCAACACGCUACCAACACGUUACAUCACGUUACCAACACAUUUACCUACAUGUUACCAACACGUUACCAACAUGUUACCAUCACGUUACCAACACAUUUACCUACAUGUUACCAACACGUUACCAACACGUUACAAACACAUUUACCUACAUGUUACCAUCAUGUUACCAUCAUGUUACCAUCACGUUACCAACACGUUACAACACGUGACCCAGCGUGUGGGGGGCGGGGACUCACCGGACCAGCAGCUCCGCUCUCUGCUGCAGAGCCAGCGCCACCUGGUGAGUCCUCUGCAGCGAGUCGGCGUGGAGCAGAGCCUGGAAGCAGAGGAGGAGCUGCUCGGCUUCAGACAAACAGCUGGAGUUCAACAUGCAGGACGACAACAUGACCUCGCCCUCGGAGAUCCAGCUCAGCACCUGAGACACCACGACAGGUCAAGCUCCAGGUCUCUGGCCGCCUGGUAGAUCUCCUCCUCCUCACACUCUCCAGACUGAGCCAGCUGAUCGGCUGCUUCUAGAAGCUUCUCUGCAUUAGUGGAACAUGGCGUCUGUGUCCGAGCUGAAGAAACAUCUGGAGCACGGGGAUCUGAACCUGCUGCAGAAAGUCAGCUUGCUCAACAGCAGCGUCACGAACGUCCUGAACGUGGCGGCGCUUCAGACCGACAGCGGGGCGUUGCCUCGGGUGAAGGCGGAGCUCUAUCACAGCGGCGUCCUGAGUCACUGCGUCCUCGUCCUCGCUCAGGAUCCCAGAGAGCUGAGGAGCAACUGGAGCGCCGCCGCCACCCUCGCCAGGAUCACCAGCUCCUGCUGUGUUGGGUUUGACCCUGGUGAAGAAUCAAAGGCCUUUUAUAGGCUCCUCCUACCGUCAGUCGUGGACGGCCUCCUGUCAUUGGCCAGUCAGCUGAUGAGGCGGGCGGAGUGUGUGUCUCUGCUCAGGAAGGUGAUGGACUCCGUCAUGUGUCUGCUGGGAGGCCACACCCAGCUCACGACUCAGGUCCUCAGCUCCGCUCACUAUGAGCACAUCCAGAUGUGUGAGGACGUAGCUGUGUCUCUGCUCUGUGUCCAGAUGUGGAUUCAAGUCUGCACAGCCAACAGGAACUUCCUGUCCAGCCUGACUGACGACUCCGUCCUGUUGCUGCUGAACGAGGUCAUCGGCCAAUUAGCCGUCAGCUCCGACGUGGCAGUGGGAGGGGCCUCCGUCAAACUCAUCCUCCUCAUGGCCAAUCAACUGCAGCUGCGUCUCAAGCCCCUCCUCCUCAACUUCAAAGGACUGGACGACCUGCUGGACAAGGACUGGAGGGGGCGUGGCAUUGACCAGGACAUGGACCAGCUAAUUGAACUCCUCCAAUCAUACAGAGACACGACGAGUCCCUCUCAGGUGAGUGCUGAGCGUGUGCGGGCGGCGUGUGUGAUCCAGGCGUCAUGGAGGUCGUAUCAGACCCGGCGCCGAGUGAAGAGUCUGAACAGAGCUGUCGGUUCCCUGCAGAGGAGAUUCAGGGCUCGGAGGAGGCAGCAGCAGCAACAGAAGGAGGCUCAGCAGUGGGAGGAGGAGCUGAAGUAUCAGGUGUGUGUGCGGCGGCUGCAGGCGAGGAGGGCGUUCCAUCAGAAACAGAGAGAACUGCUGCAGCUGCUUCCUCCUGACCAGGUGCAGUCGUACCUGAGGGAGUGCGAGCGGCGAGCGGCGGUCGUGAUCCAGAGCUUCUGGAGAGGCUCCAGAGAGCGGCGCCGCUACAUCAGCUCCCAACGAGACGACCUGAGGCGCCAUCGAGCCGCCAGGACGCUGCAGAGAGCGGUGCAGCGCUUCCUGCAGAAAAGACAAGCGGCCAAAGCCCCGCCCACCGCACCGCUCUGGAUUGGUCAGAAAGGUUUGACGGACAGUAGGAGGGUGGAGCUGAAGGCUCAGGUGGAGGAAUACAUCGCUGUGCAUCGUUCGUCCCGGGUGUCCCCAGGCGAGUGUGAGCGCCUCCAUCAGGAGGUUCAGCUGCUGCUGUCGGAGCUGCAGAGCGGAGGUGAGCGGAGGAGGGUGGAGCAGAGGAGAGAGGCGCUGCUCGCUCACACACACACUCAGCUGGAGCUGCUCAGAGACGCCCCGCCCCUUUCCCUUGUCACGGCGCCAGUGGGCGAGGCCUUCCUCAGCCACUCAGGUCGCUGCGUCCUUCGCGCCCGUGACGCCCACAACGCGACGCUGCAGGCGAGCCGGCUCCCCUGGUGGAGGAGGCUGGGAGAGCCGGCGGACCCGCCCGACCCCGCCCACCUGUGGGAGCUGGAGGCGGAGUUUGGAGGACUGUUUGUUGGCGGCUCAGCUAACAUUUAACGUGAAGACGCAGGUUCAUCGCACACUGACGAGCACGAGACUGUGCUGCCACCUGCUGUCGAUUUCCAGAACUGACUCCGAGGUCCUCGUCCUAUCGCUCUGAUGUUCUCUUCCUGAUUGGUUCCUCUCCGUCACAUGACUCAACCAGCGGUGACUCAAAGAGGCGUGGUUUAGACACGAGGUCGUAGACGAUCAAACUCCGGGUUUGUCUCCAGUGUUUAUUGAGUUCAUUCAGAGAGUUGCUGCAGUAACAGUGUCAACCAGCAGAGGGCGCCUCCUCACUGCAGCAGCUGUGAUGAUGGGAGUUUUCUGUUUUAUUUCCACUUGUCUAUAAAGUUUUUUGAAGCCUUUGA